GAGGAUGGGAGUGGCAUUGGCGGCAUUCUUGCCCCAAAUCUCUGCUACCGGAGGUUCUCCCUCGCGUUUCCACCAGCAGCAGCAUCGCCGGCCCCGUCGCGCUUCACGAUUGGUGCCGUUCAGGGAGGACGAUGACGAUUCCAGCGCUUCCUCGAGCGCCAGGCCCGAGGAUCAUCCAUAUUUCUUCAGUGACGAGAUUGAGCGUGCCGAUGGCGCAUUGCGAUUCUUCGCGACGUGCGCCCCCGGAUUGGAAGACGUUGUCGCGGCGGAGCUCCGGGCGUCCUCCAUCGGAGCUCACAGCGUCAAGACCGGAUCCUCUGGGGUCUACUUCUCUGGAAGCUGGCACACGGGAUUCCUGGCCAAUCUCUGGUCGCGCUGCGCGGUUCGCGUGCUCCAGCUCAUUGCCGCCGCCGAUCUAAGAUCGUCGAGGUAUGGACAGCGAUCUGACCCCGUCUAUAACUUCGUGAAGGAUGCAGUGGAUUGGAAGACGCUGGUUGUGGCAGGGAAUCGAGGAAAGCUGCGAAGUUUCUCCAUCCAUAGCCGAGUGUGGGAUUGCUCGGAGGUUUCCAACACGAUGGUAGCUUGCACUCGAGCCAAGGACGCAAUCUGUGACGCUCUCAGGGAUUGCUGCGGUGGAAAGAGGCCGGAUCCGCCAGACGCCUACGAUGCUGCGGACUUGCCAUUGUUUCUAUCUCUGUAUAGAGACAAGGCAUUGCUAUACAGGGAUAUGAGCGGGACGAGCCUUCACAUGAGGGGUUAUAGGGACGCUAUGCACAAGGCCAGCUUGAACGAAGCGAUAGCAGCUGGGAUCUUGACGAUGGCCGGGUGGAAUGACAAGUUUGUGCCGGGGUUUGGAACUUUCAACAAGAAUGUUGGUGGAGGGAGAGUUCUCAUGGAUCCUAUGUGUGGCUCGGGGACUUUCCUGAUCGAGGCGGCUCUCAUGGCUUUGAAUAUCGCUCCAGGACUUUUGCGACCGCGAUGGCCGUUCAUGAAAUGGCACGACUACGAUAAGAUGGAAUGGAAACUGUGCUGCAAAGAAGCUACUGAAGCGCAAGUCAAAGCGCCUCGAGAUUUGCAGCUGCUAGGAAACGACUUACACGAAGGAUCACUGCUCUUGUGUACUCGGGACGCCAAGAGAGCAGGAGUGGAACAUCUCCUCCGCCUCAGCUGCGAGGACUGCCGGAGAUACGUUCCUCCUGUUUGUCCGUCGCUCGUCACCGUGAAUCCUCCGUGGGGAAACAGGCUAAACGAAGAAGAACCGAGCUUGAUCGCAACUUACAUGGCGCUGGGGAGAUUUCUCAAACAGUAUAGCAGCAGAGCUGAUGUUUACGUGCUCAGUGGAAACUCGACUCUCACACGCCAGCUUCAAAUGAAGGCCGAUAGGAAGUGGCCUAUCACAGUGGGAGGAUUCGAUUGCAGGCUUUUACACUACUACAUUUUGCCUCCAAAGACGAGCAGUGCUAUGGUCGGCGCUCGCGAGGAGUCAUCACAGACAUAACAGUUCCAUCCAUCCGCGAUUGUGAUUUCAUUUGAGACAAGAAAACCAAAAGUCCUUGAGAAACUUUCGCUGCAAAGAGAAAGCAUCGCGAUGACUAUCAUGACGAAAGAAGCGAGGUAGUAGUAAUGCUAGCAACAGUGAUCUGGAAAAACAUACCGGUGUAGCUGACCGAGAGAAGAGAAAGCGAGAGAGAGUGAGAGAGGGAAGGAGCUCUCUCUCCCGGUGAGUCGCGAGCUCUUUCUUUUCUCUUUCUCACUCACUCUUUUCAGUGAGUAGUAGCAGCGAGAGGAUCAGGAGGCAAAGUGUCGGCGAUAGCCAUCAGCUUUGAUCUGCAGCAAGCAUCCUUGACAUCACCAUUUUGGA